UCUCCCCUGCCCAUCUCAUCUCAACUGGUGGGCUGAGAGUUUCUCUUUUACCCUACUGGCUGAGAAACUCCCCCAUUGCCUUUCUUCACACCUCUUUUCUUUUUCCUUUUUUCCUUUCAUUUCCCAUACUUUCCUUCACUUUCCCACCGCCCAAACAUGGUGCUCUGCACAAAACUCCACCGUUUAGACCUUCGUUCAACAUUCUUCACCUCUCUUCGCCCCUCGUUUACUCCCAAUCCCUCCUCUUCAGUCUCCCCCAAAACCUUUAAAUUUAGACCAACUAAAAUAACUGCCCAAGUUUCCACUCUCAGCGUUGAAACCUCCGUUAAGGACCCUGAAAGCGACAUUGAAUCACUGUUUUCCUCCAAUACAGAAGAAAUUGAUCGGAAACGUUCCAACAAGCAAUCCAAUACCGGUGCUUCGGGUAUUUCCUCUGGUGUAAAGCUUGAAAACAUUACCAAGAGCUAUAAAGGAGUAACGGUUUUGAAAGAUGUGAGUUGGGAAGUGAAAAAAGGCGAGAAAGUUGGACUGGUUGGAGUAAAUGGAGCAGGGAAAACGACCCAGAUGAGAAUUAUAACGGGACAAGAAGAACCCGAUUCGGGGAACGUUAUAAAGGCCAAAUCAAACAUGAAAAUUGCGUUUUUGAACCAAGAAUUUGAGGUUUCGAUGAGCAGGACGGUGAGGGAGGAGUUUAUGAGUGCUUUUAAAGAAGAAAUGGAUAUUUCUGACAGGUUAGAGAGGGUACAGAAGGCGAUAGAAGGGGCUACCGAGGAUUUGGAGUUGAUGGGAAGGCUUUUGGAUGAGUUUGAUUUGUUGCAGAGGAGGGCUCAGGCUGUGGAUUUGGAUGAGGUUGAUGCUAAGGUUAGUAAGUUGAUGCCAGAGCUUGGGUUUUCCCCCGAGGAUUCCGAUAGGUUGGUCGCAAGUUUUAGUAGCGGAUGGCAGAUGAGGAUGUCACUUGGGAAGAUUUUGUUGCAGGAGCCUGAUUUAUUACUUUUGGACGAGCCUACAAAUCACCUCGACCUUGACACAAUCGAGUGGCUUGAAGGAUAUCUCAACAAGCAAGAUGUGCCAAUGGUCAUCAUAUCUCAUGAUAGAGCUUUUCUAGAUCAGUUGUGUACAAAGAUUGUGGAGACUGACAUGGGUGUUUCGAGGACAUUUGAGGGUAAUUAUUCUCAGUUUGUUGAGGCGAAGGCAGCAUGGGUUGAAAGUCAAUAUGCUGCGUGGGAGAAGCAGCAGCAGGAAAUUGAGCAGACAAAAGACCUGAUAAACAGAUUAGGAGCAGGGGCAAAUUCUGGCCGUGCUUCUUCUGCUGAAAAGAAGCUGGAGAGACUUCAAGAAGAGGGCCAAAUAGAGAAGCCAUUUCAACGGAAACAAAUGAAGAUCAGGUUCCCUGAGCGUGGAAGAAGUGGGAGAUCUGUUGUUACUAUUAAGAAUCUGGAAUUUGGUUAUGAGGAUGAGCUGCUAGUUAACAGGGCAAAUCUUUCAAUUGAAAGGGGAGAGAAAAUUGCCAUUAUUGGUCCAAAUGGUUGUGGAAAGAGUACUUUACUGAAGCUGAUAAUGGGCCUAGAGAAUCCAAGUGGAGGUGAAGUGUUGCUUGGGGAGCAUAAUGUUUUACCAAAUUAUUUUGAGCAGAAUCAGGCUGAGGCUCUUGAUUUAGAUAAAACAGUGCUUCAGACAGUGGAAGAGGUUGCAGAGGACUGGAGAAUUGAUGAUAUUAAGGGACUUCUUGGUCGUUGCAACUUCAAAGCUGAUAUGCUUGACAGAAAGGUUUCCCUUUUGAGUGGUGGUGAGAAGGCACGGCUUGCAUUUUGUAAAUUCAUGGUAAAACCGUCAACCCUGCUAGUUUUGGAUGAACCAACAAAUCACCUGGAUAUACCCUCAAAGGAAAUGCUAGAGGAGGCAAUUAGAGAGUACAGUGGCACAGUCAUUACUGUUUCUCAUGACCGAUUCUUUAUAAAGCAAAUUGUGAACAGAGUAGUGGAAGUGAAAGAUGGGCAUUUGCAGGACUAUGUAGGCGAUUACAAUUAUUUUCUGGAGAAGAACCUUGAGGCAAGGGAAAAGGAGCUCGAGCGUGAGGCGGAGCUUGAUGAGAAAGCUCCAAAAGUGAAAGCCAAAUCCAAGAUGUCAAAGGCUGAGAAAGAAGCUCAGAAGAAACAAAAACGGCAGGCGUUUCAAGCUGCGAAACAGAAGUCGAAAGGGCAGAAGAAUGCCAAGAGAUGGAAUUGAAAUGAAACAUGAAUUUUUAGGGUGUAAAAUGGCUAGAAUGUGGAAUUGAGCACCUUCUGUAUAUAAUAGUGUUGAUAGAAAUACAGUUCCAACUUCCAAGUUGAAGCUCUUGUAUAAUUAAUUUAUUUAAAUAUCAAGUUAAUAAAUUUUCUCUAUUAAA